AUGUCUAGCAGUCGUGUAGGCCUUAGUCGUUUGAGCAAAGGUCACGCUGCUCAAACUACAGCACCGAACGACGGCACGGUUGUUGAAGAUGAUGAUGAAUUUAUCGACGAUGGAGGCCAGGCUGCCGAGGAUAUUGGAAAAUCCUUCAUAUUUCGCAAUGCGCUAACCCAAUCUGAGGUAGCAGCGUUAGAACGCUGGAAACGCAGUCAGAAUGAUGAUGAUGAUGAGCAGUUUCCGCUUUCGUCAAAGCAACGGAACGUGACCUACGUGGACAUCAAGCAACCCCAGCAAACUGUCCAGCUUGGCCCGGACUUCGAAGCGCUAUGUAUAGCAGCAUCAUGUUCAGGAAAUAUGGUGGCCGUUGGCGGGCGCCACGGGACCAUCCGGCUCCUUCAUCCCCAAAACCUGGAGACCAUGGACAUGAUUCAGAUUUCCGAGCUGGCGAGUACCAGUGGCGCGGACGGCGCUCCGAGGCUCCCUGGCCGGCAGGACACGGUCCGCCAGCAGAACGUCGCCGGCGGGUUAGCAGCGGGCAGUCCGGGCGAGGGGGUCGUGACGUCGGUAUGCUUCCGACCUGACUUGCGCGCCAGCAGGAUGCAAAAUUUGCUGCUGGCGGCCCUGGGCGAUGCCAUCGUGCACGUCCACGUGGGCAGCCGCCGUGCGGUGCACGUGAACCGCGAGGACGGCAACCGGAUAAACACAAUCGCAAUGCGGUCUGAUGGAGCGAUAUUCGCCUCGGCCGGCUCGGACUGUGUGGUACGAGCGUACGAUGAGGCCACGUGCUCUUUAUGUCGUACACUUGAUCACGGCGACGGCGUCACUACGACGGGACACACAAACAACGUCUUCAGUUUGGCCUGGCAGCCGGAUGACCCCCAGAUAUUGUUGUCUGGCGGUUGGGACAACCGAGUACUGGUGUGGGAUCUGCGUGUGCACAGGUCGGUUCGCGCCAUAUCGGGACCUCACAUCUGCGGUGACGCCGUGGACGUGCACGCGGGUACGAAUCUGGUCCUGACCGGCAGCUGGCGGAACAACAACCCGCUGCAGCUGUGGGACCUGGGGAGCGGUCGUCUGCUGACCAACUUGCCCUGGUGGCAGCCGGAGCCGGACGGCUGCCUCAUAUACGCUGCGCGGUUUGGAACAGGGGCAGCGGCGGGGACGGUGCUCGCCGGCGGCAGCGGUUCCAAGCCAAUGGUCCGGGUGUACAAGCUGAAUGGCCCAGGCAAUGUGGAGCUGCAGUAUACGGUUCGACUACAACGGCCGGUGCAUGCGCUGACGCUCGUCAAAGGGACCACUGGCAGCGAGAGAGGCGGAGAGCCUGGCGGUCAUACGCAGCCUGCUCCCACUUUGGCGGUGUGCUGCGACGAGGAGGUCCAUACCAUUGCGUUGUGCGCCCCGGCCUUGGUCGCCAGGAAUGGUGGUAGCAAAUGACGGCGAGGUGUGCUGCGGAGCAGUAGCCUUUUCGACGGAAACAUAAUCGUUUGAUGAAAUUGCGAAAAGUUGUGCCUUGUAACUGGGUGAUUACG